UGCAAAGCUGCAGAUCUCUUAAUCAUCCUAUUCACUGAACUGUGCUCAAUGUGACUAUUCUCAAAGAACGACUAUUUGAUCGUACUAAACCUGAGAAGACCCUAGGAAGCAAACUUUUGUGAGUUCUUUCACAUGCAAAAUGGUAAACCACUUGGUCAUUUUAGCCGUCUACGUUGUGACGUUUCUAAUCGGCCUGCCAGCCAAUCUACUGGCCAUAUGCACCUUCAUUAAGAAACUCGGUGACAAACCCAAUCCGAAUGACAUCCUGCUCUUCAACCUGACGGCUUCCGACUUGGUCUUCCUGCUCUUUCUGCCCUUCAAGAUGUAUGAAGCUGCCGUUGGUAUGAAAUGGUACAUAUCCCAGACCCUGUGCUCAAUCGCCUCCUUCUUCUUUUUCACCACGAUUUACACCAGCUCCCUGUUGCUCAUGGCUAUAGCCGUGGAUCGCUACUUAGGACUGGCUUUUCCGAUCAAAUACAGACUGUUGCGCAAGCCGCUUUACGCUGCGGUAGGCAGCGUCAUCAUCUGGCUGGCCAGUAUCAGCCAUUGCAGCAUCGUAUUCAUCAUUGUCCAUAUGCCAUUGCCGAACGGCACCAAAACCGAACCUGUCUGCUAUGAGCAUUUCACCGAGAAGCAAAAGAAGAUCUUGUUACCAGUCCGUCUUGAAUUUUUUGUGGUUAUUUACAUACUACCACUUUUAGUUUCUAUCUUCUGCUAUAUUAACUGCAUCUACAUCCUGUACAGCAGGCCUCAAAUAGCCAAAGUGAAAAAGCAAAGGGCCAUUGGCAUGGCAUUGUGCACGCUGACCAUCUUUUUACUCUGUUUUCUGCCCUACAACAUGUCCCACCUGGUGGGAUUCAGCAGCAACGAAAGCCCGUGGUGGAGGUACUACACGCUCCUGCCCAGCACGCUCAACACCUGCCUGGAUCCGUUCGUCUUCUACUUCUCCUCCUCCACUUUCCGUAAAAGCAAAACCAUUGCUUUACUCAAGACCUGCUGUUUUAGACAUAAGAAAACUAAAAAGUGUGAAGUUGAACUGAAGAUAAUAUCAAAAUGAACAGCUUUUGCAUUUGCAUGUCAUGGCUUCAUGCGAAUCACAAGGUUUAGGCCGUGUGUCCACCAAAGCGUUUUUUUCCAAGUCUAGUGUAUUUUUUCCAAUUGUUUUCAAUGGGAGUGCCGCAUUUUUAAAAUGCCAGGAGGGUAACGAGGCGUCGAGCGUCUCUGCGUUUUUUACCAGUCGUCGAGAGUUGAAAAAUGUUAUUAGUGUGUCCUCCAAAGCGUUUUCAGCCAGCCAUUUUAUUUCAUUUUUUUUUCAGUUGAGAUGCUUUGCUUGCUAUGAUACGGAAUAUCCGCGGAAGUGUUACUAGAAAAUGUCGAUCAAAUGUAAAGUAUUUGCUCUGGCUCUUGUUUUAAAUCAUUUUGUCCGUUAUUAUGUUUGUUGUUGUCAUCUGUUGACAUUGUACAAGCAGAAUGUGGCGGCUGGUUGGUGUUGUAUUUGUCCCGCGUUUCCUCCACUGCGAUUGGACGGCUGGGUAAAAAGUGACAGUGAUGAGCGCUGCGUUUUACCAAAGUCCCUUUAAGACAAGUAAUUUCACUCGGCAGCCAUCUUUAAAACAUCUCUCGGGCAUGCAAGUGCAGCUCCUAUCUCUUUGAACGGGGAAACAUCAAAUUCUCCAAAGCUGUUCGCCAAGCUUUCGAUUAAAUUUCAUAUUUGAAAUCACCAAUGAUAUCUGACAACAACUGUCUCAUAAAUUUUGUUUCGAAUCAUGACAAAAAAUGAUAUUUUUCAGGCUGGAUCAAGCUAAUGCGCAUGUGCAGUCCUAAGUGCACGUCUCUUUAAGAAGCGCACAUCUAGCACUGCUUCUAUAGGAACCGGAGCUUCUAACAGCCGCUGCAGUGACGCGACGAAUUUACCAAUCGGCGAUUGGCUCUUAUGUAGAAGGCGGGACUUAUUCCGCCAUAUUGUGCGUUGCAUUUUCUCACAUUCAAAACAAUACGAGUGACGCGUCUUCUGUUAUUCUAUAGACUUUGAUUUUACCCAAAGUUGAACAUUCUUCAACUCUUCACGUCCGGUAAAAAACACUGAGCACUCAGCACUUCAGCGUAAAAAUAAGACACUCAGCGCCUCGUCACGCUGCUGCCGUUUUAAAAACUUGGCGCUCACAUUGAAAACAACUGGAAAAAUACGCUAGCCUCGGAAAAAACGCUUUGGUGGACACACAGCCUUGAAAAUCACUAGACGCAGGCAGUGGGAUGGAGAAAACAGCAAGGUCUCAAAACUUUUAAAAGUUGAAUGUAUUUUAAUUACAUAUUUAGAACACCGUGUCGCUGCAAAGACGCAAGCGCGACAGUCAAACAUGUUCACCCAGCGUGUUUAUAUAGAAAAAUAAUGGAAAAGUUGAGCAGUGGAAUGGAAAAACGCAUUCUGUGUGAACAGCCCCUUAUUAAACUUUGGGUAAAACGUAGCGCUCAUCAUUGUUACUUUGCACCAGCCGUCCAAUCACAGUGGAAGAGGGGCGGGACAAAUACAACACCAACCAGCCGCCACAUUCUGCUUGUACAACGUCAACAGAUGACAACAACAAGCAUAAUAACAGAACAAAGUAAUUUAAAACAAGAGCCAGAGCAAAUACUUUACAUUGUAUCAACAUUUUUAUAUAGAAACAAUACAGAACUAUCUGUGAAAUGAGAUACUAGUAAGACUUCCGCAGAUAUUCCGUAUCAUAGUAAGCAAAGCGUCUCAACUGAAAGCGCUCUCAAAAGCUCACAGCUAGGCAUUUUCAGCUGGAUAAAAAUGCUUUGGUGGACACACGGCUUUAUUGUUAGCUUAAUGUAUUCCUACUACUAUAGUAGGCCAUUCAAACUGUUUGGAGUAAAAUGUGUAUUACAAUUUAAAAUAAUGGUAUUCCAGGUUCAUAUAUUGUAAAAUGUAAUUUAUUCCUGUGAUCAAAGCUGAAUUUUCAGCAUCUUUACUCCAGUCUUCAGUGUCACAUGAUCCUUCAGAAAUCAUUCUAAUAUGCUGAUUUGAUGCUCAAAAAACAAUUCUUAAAGUUUUGUGCUGCUUCUGGAAACCUUUAUUUUUCAGUAUUCUUUGAUGAAUAGAAAGUUCCAAAAAACAGAAUUUAUUUGAAAUAGAAUCUUUUGUAACAUUAUAAAUGUCUUUACUGUCACUUUUGAUCAAUUUAACGCAUCCAUGCUAAAUAAAAGUAUUAAUUUCUUAAAAAAAAAAAAAAAAAAGAAUCAUACUGACCAAUUUUCUGCACCCAUUGGAAAAAAUGAAUGAGGAGACCAAAUGGAGACUUUUAGGAGCACAAAGAUAUUUGUCUCCUCUGGAGCUUCAGAAAAGAUCUCAACUUUGGCUGUAUAAUCUUUUUUUAAACAUAAAAAAUCUGUCAUGAUAAACCUUUCUUUUCUAUAGCUUAUUUUGUCAAA